AUGUCAUCAUCUAUCGAGGAAGUCAAAGCAACAAUCAAGUCAGUUAAACUAACUGACAGUCAAGCUGAGAAGCUUUCGAAAUUGAUUGAUUCUCUCCCUAAAAUUUUAUCGGGUUUAGACAACCCUGAAUACGACGAGAUUUUUGGCUAUAGAAUUAACACAAAGGAUAAGCCGUAUGUUGAUGAAUCUAUACGUAAUGAAAUAUUAUUGAAGUUUUUAGCGGCUGAUGAUUAUAAUUUGGAAUUACUGGAAAAACGUCUUAUUGAUUCGUUGAAUUGGAGAAACGAAUUUCAACCUUUGAGUGCCGCAUUCGAAGAAACUUUUGACAAAGAAUUGAAUGAAUUGGGCGUUAUUACAAACUUCCCCAAUUCAAAUUUAAAAAUUACUACAUGGAAUUUGUAUGGUAAUUUAAAGAACCCGAAAAAGAUUUUUGAAAAAUUUGGGGCUAACAACAAGGUAUCAAAGUUACCAGGAAGUCAAUUUUUAAGAUGGAGGGUUGGAUUAAUGGAAAAGUCUUUACAAUUGAUUGACUUUACAUCAACCACAGAUAACAGAAUUGCCCAGGUUCACGAUUACAACAAUGUAUCAAUGUUCAAAAUUGAUCCUGGAAUGAAGAAAGCUACAAAGGAAAUUAUUACCAUCUUUGGCGCCAAUUAUCCUGAACUAUUAUCUACCAAGUUUUUCAUCAACGUGCCCUUGAUUAUGGGUUGGGUAUUCACUUUUUUCAAAACUAUUAGAGUUAUAACUGAAGCAACAUUGAAAAAGUUUCAAGUGUUAAACCACGGCAACUUGCUGGAAUCAUUUAAUCCAGAUGAAUUGCCUAAAGUUUAUGGCGGGAAAGUUGAAAAGAGCUUGUUUGAUAUUGAUGUGUCAGAUGAUAUCAAGUUGAGUGAAUACGGAGAAGUGAUAUUGAAGAAAGUAGGUGAUGAAGAAAUUAACCAUAUUAAUGAUGACGUAGAGUAA